CUGGGGAAAGUUAACGAACGUUGUUGCUCAGGGCCAGUUUGCACUGACAACUUGUUUACAGAAUGUAAUUUAGGCUUAAUAUUGUCAAAAAUAUCACAUUGAUUGGUAAGGAAUGAAGACAAAAAAAUUGAAGUCUGCCAAAAUUGGAAGCAACAGGAAGAAAGUCCCCAGUGAUGUGUCCCCCUCCACAAGCCUCCCUCCUCUGGUUGAGGGUCAGCUGCGAUGCUUUCUACGAGUGACAGUAAGCAGAGUUUUAUGGACAGUCCCCAAGCCUUUCCCGACAACUUUUAUCAGAUUGCGCUGGUGGGGAGAGUCGUCCAUUGGGACCCAGUUCAAACCACGGGAUGCGUCACAAACGGCACAGAAGACCGUGAAGUCCACAGCUCGCUUUCCCAUCCGAUGUGGACCGAAGCAGUUCACAUCCUACUUAACAGAUAUGGGCUCUCUGGUGCUGGAGGUGCUGACAAAGCCAGAACACCUGCCAAUUGCUCGUGCUCAGGUUGCUGGGAUUUCUCGGCUCUCUCUGUCACACUCCAUCAGUGGGUUCUUCACUCUGGUGUCUCCAACGUCUGAGAAGCUUGGAGAAUUACAGGUAUCGCUUGCUCUGGAGGCCCUGACUGAAACAUACGACAGCAGCUGCUCAGUUCCCACCACAGACAUGAGUAUCGAAACGGCUGUGUCUGCAUUCGGGUCCACAUUGAAGCCAGCAUCUCAGCCAAACAUUCUGGUGGUGCCCUCCUUGUCCAGACCACUCUCUGUCAACAGUGGGAAAGAAUCAGGGAGCAAUACGCCAAGAGGGAAAGACCAUUUGUACUUCCAAAAUGCCAGGAUGGAAAAAAAGACUGACGUGGCACUUGAGAACCAAAAGCCAACAUAUAGUAGAUCUCAACAUGGACAGGGAGUGGCAAAUCCCACAGUGCAGGAAUCGCCUCACGGACAGGCUGCCAACGACAUACUCUCAGUUCUUUUAGAGCGUGGAAGCAAGCUUAGAAAUGCCAUGGUGGUAUCAGCUUUAAAGUCUGACAUUAACACUGAACUGGCUUUAAAAGACACUCCUCUACCUCUUCCAAAGGACAACAUAGGAGCACCACCAAUGCCGUCCAUUCCUCCCUGUGGAAGGCUACUGCAGAACAUUCUGCAUGCUGACUCCAAUCUCCUGCAGUCUCCCCACAGUCCCCCAGACUACCUCAGCCCAGACUGUACUGCUGCUGACACUGAGAACAGGGCAGUGGAUCUGCUGCUGGGCAGUUUGAACGGAUCUGCUCUCCCUAUCUGGGAUGGAGAGGGCUCUCCUCCUGAUUCUUUCCUCAGUGUGUAUGGAGACAGUGAACUCAAUGACCCACAGUAUGACCAGAGCCUGCUAGAGAACCUCUUCUACAAAGCUCCUAUGUGUAACAACGGUCCAAGUGAUGACGACAAGGCUGGUCCUUCUCCAAAGAAGAAUCUCAAGAAGAGUGGUGAUGGUGAAGAGCUGAGGCACUCUGGUCCAAAGAAAAGUGGAGGCCUGGACUUAGAAGAUGUGCAGAAUCCAGGGACUGAGGAUAUGCUUCCUGGGCUGAGUAUGGAUCAGCUCACUGUCCUAGGUGGGGUUCGGUUGGCCAGAGUGGUGAUCCACUCCCUGACUGUGCCUCCAGACAGCACCACCACCACACCUAGGAAGAUCUCUGGCAAAGGGAAACCUCCUCGACCCCUCUCUUCUAAGAAAUGCUCCUAUUUUGUGGAGUACCUGUUCCCUGUAGCUUCCAGCAGGCAUGAUCCUAGUCAGGCCAUGGCAGCAGAGGUGACACAAGUCUUCUCUAGUAAAGUUACAGGAGGAGUGGUGAACUUCCAGCGGCGAGGUGUGUUUCCUGUCCACUUCAGUGGGUCAACUAUUAAGCAGUGGUGGGGAACAGAACUCUCAUUUAACAUCUACUCCAGGAAAAGCUCCCAGAAGAAACCUAUAGCCAUUGGCAAGGCUGUGUUCCCACUCCGAUGUCUUCUGCAGAGGGAACAGCUGAGUCAGACUAUCAUUCUCCCUGUCCAGAGUCUGCAGGGGACUGGUGAGAGCCAGGACAUCGGCUCCCUCAAGGUGUCACUUGAAUUGGCUGCAGACAACAAAGAUUUCUCAUCAGCCAAUGGUCAAAGGUCAGCUGGAGCUGGUUCCAGAGCCCCCUCCCGUGCCCUGACCAGUCCCCAGAGAGAUGCUAGCCCCUCCAGGGUGGACAUGACGACCAUUAGGCCUCAGCAUCAGGACACAAGAGGGGAGGAUAUCCCUCUAUCUACUGUUACUAAUAGAGAUUCCAGGACGGGAAAAAGACCUGUGGCCCCUCAAGGUCCCUCACCUCUCACCAGCCUCCAGACAUCUCCUCACAGACCUCAGGCCUAUCAGGUGGUGGUGGAGGAGGAGGACAGUGAGGUGCUGCUGCAUGCUUUGCUCAUGGUGCCUAAUGGAAAGGACUUUAACUGUGGACCCAUGCAGCCUCCUAAUGUCUACCUGAACUGUAAGCUCUUUGGCCAGGAUGAGACGUCCAGAUCAGUGACCAGCUGGGGCCAGACAAACCCCUCGUUCAACUUUGUACAGGUGGCUCCUGUGGCCUUGACCUCGAGGCUGUUGGAUAGGAUGAGGAACAAUGUGAUGGUGAUUGAGGUUUGGCAGAGAGCAGGAAACUCAGGGCAGGAUCGGCUCCUAGGGCUGGUCAAACUACCCCUCCACCAGUUCUACAUGUCCUUCAGAGACCCCAAGAUUUCCCACCUUCUGCUGCAAGCUCAGUACCCAGUGUUAGGGGUGGACAGCUACAUGCCAGUCAUUGACGUGUUUUCAGGCAUUAUCAAGGGCAACCUCCGGGUGCUUCUAGCCAUGGGCCUAUCUGGCCAAAUAGUAUCUCUGCAGCGUAUGCGGGAGGAAGAACUUGCCUCUGUGUCUCAUCUCCCAAGACCAGCCCAUUUGCUGGAUCACCAACCACAUAAGGAACAAAAUGUGAAGCCGUCUCCCGAGGAGUCUAUGAGAGAGCACCUAUUUGUGGUGAAAGUGGAGAGCGUGAAGGGGCUGACACCACUACAGUCUACAGUCUGGGGGGAGGCUGACUGUUAUGUCCAGUACACCUUCCCUACUCAGGAGGAGCCUCCUGCUCAAAGUCUAGACCCAAAUCUUUUAGAGUGCAGUGUGAAUCUGAGGCAGUUCCGUACCACCACUACCCUGUGUGUUCCUGACCCAGUGUUUGGCCACAGUGAGAGCCAUGUGCUGCUGGCUCCUGUAGGAGUCCCAGUCCAGAGACUGCUCCUCAGCUCCUUCUCCAGCCAGGGACUGACCAACGGAGGAGGCAUCCUGUUUGAAGUGUGGUGCAGGUACUAUUACCCAAAUGUCCGCGACCAGCUGGUGGCUAAAGGGAUGCUGCCCCUGUCCAAGCUGUGUGCCAUGGUGACCAUGCAGAGACAACAGCCCACUGAAGCCCAGGUCUUCUCCCUUCCGCUGAUGCCCAGGACUGACAGCCCUGCUGGACGCCAACCUCAGCCCUCAGGAUUGCUUGAUGUGUAUGUUCAUUACAAACAACGUCCGUUGAGCUCUGAUGUAAGGAGGGGGGCGGUUGUCUCUCGGGUGGUGACCAUGGUGGUUCAGGUGCACAGGGCAGCAGGACUACAGGCAGCAGCAAGGGCUUUGUCAGAGCAAGAUGAAAUGUUCCAGUACUAUGCUGAUGUUGGGGUGAACGUGUACGUUACUGCCCAGCUCUCCUUCCUGCCUGAGAGUGAGAGGCGCAGUACCCGUGUGUCCGCCAGGACCUUCUGCCCAGAGUUUGACCACCACACCGAGUUCCCCUGUGAACUGCAGGUCCAGAGGGGCUCUGGGGAGACCUGCAGCCUGGCUGAGCUCCUGCAGGAGGCCACAGCUGUCUUCACUGUCUGGAAUAGAGACAGUCGCAAGGUGAUGGUCAGCCCAAGAUCAAAGAAUACUCUGUUGGGUACAGUGAGAAUUCAGCUGGCUGAUCUCAUCCAUAAAAGAACAGGUAUCAGUGGGUGGUUUGGAGUGUCUCUGCCUCAGGACCUGACCUCAUCUCCCAGACAUCACAUAUUCGUGGGCGGCCUGGACGUCUCCAUCUACUUUGCCCACCAUGCAGAUAGAGAGAGGGUCAUCACUGCCGCCCGGGGCCUGGGCUGGGAGGUGGGCAGGGAGGAGGGGGUGGAGGAGGAGGAAGAGGAGCCACCCAACGAGGGAGAGGCGUGGGCUGAGACUCGGAGGACCGUGUCCCUCACCGUGUCUAUGCCCAGAGCCUGGCUGCCUGUCCACUGUCUCCUCCUGCCUGGACACAGCGAGCUGCAGCGCUCCACCUACUGCUACUUUAGAUAUAAACUCUACGACGGAGAGGCCUUCUGCUCCCAGCUCAGACACCCUGGUCUGUCUGUGGAGGAGGAUGGAGGUGGAGGGGAGGAGGGCCUGGCCACGGUGGCCUUCAGAGGAAGCAGGACAGUGGAGCUGAGGAGCAGCCAGCCCCUGCUGUGGUACCUCCGGGAGGAGAAGCUGGAGGUGCAGGUGUGGGUGGCCUUUGGGAAGGUCAGGAGACCUAGGCCUCAUGACAUGGACCGGCUGGUGGGCUCAGCCUUUGUGGACCUCUCCUCCCUGGCCAAGAUGGCAAGGCACAAGCUGAAUCUCAGUGGUGUGUACCCCCUGUUCAGGCGCUCCGCCCCAGAUCUGAGUAGAGCUGCUCUGAGGGUUCACAUCACCCUGACCCCUGGAUCCCUCCCAGAGGAGCAGACACCUGGAGGAGGGGACAGCCAGGACCAGGAGGACUGUGACAGCCAGAGAGAGGAGGAGGAGGAGGGAGGGCAGGGAGGCCCCUCAUCCACAGCAGCUGUGUCCAGACAGUCUGGAACACCCAGCAGGCACCAGACCAAGUCCUCCAUGAGUGUAGAGCCUUCACAGCCCUGUGAGGUCAGCAUGGAGGACACUUUCACUGUCACCAUCACUGUGGACAGAGCCAUGCACCUCAGUCUUAAAGGCUGUCCUCUAGCUGAGCGUAGUGGAGGGCUGCCUAGUUGUUGUGUGUCCUACAUCACGGCUGACUCUGCUGAACCAGUCACCACAGCUCUCAUAGCAGACAGUCACUGCCCCGUCUGGGACCACCAGCAGGAGUGCAGGCUGUCAAAGCAACUUCUUCUGGAUCCACAACAGUCCCUGGUGUUCAAAGUCUGGCACAAAGGAGAUGUGGAGCGGGUGAUUGGGUUUGCCUCAGUAGACCUGUCCCCUCUCCUGUCAGGCUUCCAGUCAGUGUGUGGCUGGUACAACAUCACUGACUUCAAUGGCCAGUGCCAGGGCCAGCUCAAAGUGUCUGUCUCCCCACUGAAGGGAGUCCAGGAGCUGCGGGGUCAGAGACAAGCUGUGUGUGAAGAUGGCAACAAAGACUCCUCAGUUCUGUUCCAGACUCUCCCCCUCUACUACCACACCACAGCCACAUACAGCAGCUUCCCCUCCCACAUCAGCCGCUACACAGAGCAGAGAAUCAACUCCACACCCGACCGUCUAGACAGGCUGCUGUCAGAAAGGUCCAGUGAGGGUGACCGGCAUGAUGUGCACAUGGACAAGGUGCGACUGUACCACCAGAGUCUUCAUGAGGGGGGAGUGGGCCGACCCACCAGUGCUGCUGCAGGGGACGCCCAUCCCUCCAGCUCUGUUCUGUUCUCAGCACUCAGGAAAAACCUAAGUGAGUUGGAUGAUAUCCAGAGGUACUUCAGCCGUAAGCUGUCCACCCCUACCUUCCCCUCUCUGAGUGAGCAGGGCCAGGGCCAGCGCUCCAGACUGGACGAGCACAGGGACUCAGACACAGACUCCUCCCAGCUCCUCCUCAAGUCCACCCGCCUGGUAGGGGAGGCUAACAACCUCAUCAGUGGUCUACAGGGACAUCAUUGCUUGGAGACAAUACCUUCUAGCCCCCAAAGCAGCUCAACAACUCCCCCUGUUCCAGAUGACCACCUUCUGCCUGAGGGCUCUGAAACAUUCCCCCAGAGUGCUCCAUGUUCCCAUAAAGCAUCCGGCUCCCCCCAGGAGGACUUGUCUCCUGUCCCUUCACCUGUACCAUGUACGUGUCAGGAACACAGUGAUUCUCAGGCUGAUGAAGAGGAUGACAAGGCCCCUGCAUCUGAAGAUGAUGAAGGGGGAGGUCCCAGAGAGGAGGAGGAGGAUGGAGAUUAUGAGGAGACAGUGGUGGAGCCCAGGCCUCUGAAUGAGGUUACAUCUCUAACAGACAGAACCAGCCCCUGGACCAGCCUGCUGUCAGACCCAGACCUAGCCUCUCUGGAGAGUCUGGAGGCACCAGAGGAGCACCAAGCCUCGGACUACUCCUACCAGCCCAGCCUCACCCAACAGGAGAGGGAGAGGUUAGGUCUGCAGACUGACACCCUGCAGGCUUGGAGCUUUGGUGAGCCCAUAGGCAGCAGACUAGAGGAGAGGGAUCAACAUGUUAACUCUGAGUUCUCUCAUGGACCAGACACAGACGAGGAGGAAGACACGGUUAAUGAUGGUGAGAGGACACUCCAAACCUCUGACCAUGAGGCAGCACUACAUCAGGAGUCCAUCACUGCUCCUCUACAUGAACAGUCCUUAUUGUGUAGUGGAGAGACUGCUAGCAGGGUUCCUGUUGACAGAGAUGCUCUGUCAGAGGAUGAGAUCCCCGGGUUGUUGUACGACACAGCUGCUUUCUCAGAAGAUGACACAGAACAUGUCGUUGGCAUGUCUGACAUAUAUCAGCCAGAAACAUUCCUACACAGAGAAGACAACAGGAAGUCGAAACACUCUGACCCUGUGGAGAUCCCUAAUUUCUUCCUCUCAUCUCACCACAUGGAGGCUUCUAUGAGAGCUCUACGCAUAGCACCCGUUUUCCCCCUGGCCUCUUCUGACCCAAAAAAGAGCUCUCUUAGACAUGGGAUUCUCUGUCGGCGCGUUCCUCGUCCCAGGCCCAAUAUACCACCGUCGUCCAUGAAGAAAGAAGAGACCAAGAGAAUAGCAAAGAUAUUUGCAUCUCAUUUUAAAGACUAACAUUAGCACUUUCUCUAAAUGCUAUUUGAUAUUGUGUGUCGUGCUGUAUAUAAGGUUGAGUGUAUGUUUUCUAAAGGUUUAUGAAUGACCACAUCUUGAUUACAUAAGUGGCAGCUCAUGGACAGUGCUUUCUAAUUAUGUAAAGAAUAUGUACAUUUAAUUUAAAUACUGUUUUUCUAUUGUUUUUAUAAAUUAAAUGGUUUGCCAGUGUAACUGAUGUUUUUUUAAAUGUAUUAUUACUGUGUGCACCAAUGAUCACUGAUGUGGGAGACUCCCAUAGCCUUUUAAGGAUUAUUGUCACGGGGAAAACAUUUUGUCAAGUAGUCAACAGGGUAUCAAGUGUUGACACCUGCCCAGUUUAAGAUUUAAGUCAUUUAGCAGUUGUCCUUGUUUUUCCAACAAAGUGAUGAACAGUUUGUUCUUAGUGACGUCACCUUUGUUUGGAUUUCAGCAGCUGUCAGGGUUAGUGGGCUAGUGUUAGGAAAUGUAUGUAAUAGGGCUACAUUGUUCUAUUCUCUGCGUCACCAGGCAGUCACACACUAUUCACAAGACACUUAUUUUCCUGAAACCAGGAGACUGUAGGAACUUCUGACUGAAAACAUGCACUAGCUCAGGCACACAGCCUCUCAGGGACAUGUAUGGAUUGGCUGAGUGGAUGGGUGCAUGGGUGUUUUAGAAAAAUAUAUAAUUAUGGAGUGUUACAUAGUUAUUGUAGUCUAAUUUAGGUCAGCACUAUUUCAACAAGUCUUAUUGCCUUGGCUCCCUGCUGCAAUGAAAUUCAUUGGAUGUGAGACCUUUUGAGUUUAGGACAACUCUACUGUAUCUUGCAUAUCGGUUGGUCAGUGUUACUGAAAAUGACCAAUUACAUAAUAAAUGAUGUAUGGAA